AUGGCUGAUAAAUCUAAGACCAAGGCUGCCCCUCCUCCACCUGCAGCCACACCGGGCAAGCCCGAGCCGGGCAAGCCCGAGCCGGGCAAACCCGAGCCGGGCAAGAAGGAAGAGGUAGAUAAAGAAGAGGAGACCAAAAAGCAAAAGUCGGUGCAGCCCAAGCAUGAAGUGGGCACGAGAAAGGGGUGUCGCCGCUACCGAUGGGAACUGAAGGAUAGCACUAAAGAGUUCUGGAUCAUAGGGCACGCCCAGGUCAAGAUCCUGAGUUUGGGCUGCCUGAUAGCGGCGUUGGCACUGUUCAAGUCAGUCCCCGUGCACCCCAUCUUGACACUCGUCAUCACCAUGGAGUUGUCCAUCAUCUGCUUUUUCAUCUUCAUCUACACCUUUGCCAUCCACAGAUACAUGCCCUUCAUCCUGUGGCCCAUUUCUGACCUCCUCAAUGACCUGGUUGCCUGUGUAUUCCUUGGGGGAGCUGUGGUCUUUGCUGUGACAAGUCGAAAAAGCAUGCCACUGUUCUACCUUAUUGGUGUGGUCCUUAUGGGUGUGGCUGCACUUUUUUUUUUAAUUGAUACUUGUCUUCAAAGAAAACACUUCAAAGGCAAGAAGAUCAAAAGGAACGUGCUGGUUCCUCCUCCAGGAAAGGACAAAGGACCUGAACAGAAUAAAGAAAAGGCAAAGGAACCGGACACCGCUGGCAAGGACAAGGACGCGGGCAAGGACAAGGACGCGGGCAAGGACGCGGGCAAAGGCGCUGGCAAGGGCGCGGGCAAGGAACCGGCCAAGGAUAAGGGAAAGGACGCGGGCAAGGAUAAGGGAAAGGACGCGGGCAAGGAUAAGGGAAAGGGAAAGAAAUGA